AUCACAGAUUACUUCCGUAAAUCUUUGGCGGGAGAUGCAAGUAGCCAGGAAGCAAGCACGGCUUGUUUUGCAAUCGCGAUUCAUUAGCAAACAAAGAGUAACAGAAGAGCAAGAGACACAGGAUUUAUUCUAAUAAUGGAUAAUGAUGUCCUCGUGCAGACAACGGAUUGGAAGAACACCAAAGUGGCGGUUGCGAAAUUUCGACGAAUGCUGCUUUGCUCAAAAUGCUCAAAUGUAAUGACGGAACCUGUGUGUCUAGGAAUGUGCGAGCAUAUGCUGUGCAGGUCCUGUGCCGGCCCCCGGGCAGGAGAUGGCUGCGUGGUGUGUCAGAGUCCUGCGUGGGUGAAGGACAUUCAAAUCAACAGGCAGCUCAGCAGCAUCAUACAGCUCUUCUGCAGUUUGGAGUCUCUGCUCAAUCCCAUAGAACCACCAGCAGAGUCCUCUCCAGCUGAGAUUCCAACACAACCUCACAGUCCUGUGUUAAAACACAAGAAGAGCUUCAAGAUCUGGUUUAGCCCCCAUAGCCGCAAGGUACGCUGCACGGUGGAGAAGCCUGCAGUGGUCACCGUACCGGAGAGCUCGUCUUCUGGAGAAACACGUGCAGCCCAGUCAGACACCCUUACUGCUCAACGGCAGACUCAGGACAUGUCGGUUUUCAAUUUCACCUCGUCCUCCCAAGACUCUGGCUCUUCUUCUACUCAAAGAUGCGAAAAUGAAAACAGGAAGAAGAGAUCAACUAAGAAAAAUGCCGCCAGCAAGAAGGUGUCGCUGCAACGAGCCACUGUAACCACACGAAAACAGAGCAAACUGAAGAUGAAGAAGAACAGGCUGGAGGCUAUAAACCAGCAAUGGGGGAUUACCAAGGAGAUAGAUGCUUUAAAGGAAAAGGAGCAGUCCUCUGCUGAAGAGGCAAGGAGAUCCAGUAAGAGGGUUUCCUUCCUAAACUCUGCUGUCACGUCUGACGAGAGUCAGCCUGAAGUGCCACAGGGGAGUACUAAUGAACUCAGCCCUGCCAGAAGCACCACGAGGGAGAGUCUCUUAGGAGGCAGUGGCACUGUACUGAAUGACCAAACCCAGCCUGGUCAGGGAAUGUCGGACAGUGUCGGCGAGCAUGACAAACUGCCUGAAACUCACAAUCCUGAAAAACAGGAUGACGAACCCCCCCCAAAGCAUUCAUCAAAAAGAUCCAGAGUGGUGGAGAAGGUUGCCAUGUUGGACACCACACCAAAAAGGCCCAGGGCUUCCCCAGGCAGGCGGAGGAAAUCACAGAUGUCUUUAGCUGUCCUUAACCCUCUUUCUUCGGCUAGCCCAAGGUGUGAUAAGAGCGUCAACAACUCAAGAGAAGAGCAGGGAGCCAGCCCCUCUGUCCUAUCCACUGUUGGUAAAAGAUCUCCCAGAUCUCCCAGAUCUCCCAGUGGAUCUGUUGGACGGCCCACCUCAGGGAGCCCAGCAGUUAUGAAGAGGAACCACAUGGGAGAGACCCUGCUGCAUCUAGCUGCUAUAAAGGGAGAUGUAGAGGCUGUCAAGGAACUGCUGGAUGAGGGGGCUGACCCCAACCUGAAGGAUAAUGCUGGGUGGACACCUCUGCAUGAAGCGUGUAACCUGGGUCACCUGGCGGUUGUGGAGGUGUUGGUCUCAAGGGGAGCCCUGUUAAAUACUCCUGGCUAUGAAAAUGACUCUCCGCUCCACGAUGCUGUGAGGAACGGACAUCCAGCCAUUGUCAAAUUGCUGCUGCAGCUUGGAGCCUCUCAGGACGUACUUAAUCUGUCUGGAAAGCGACCUGCUGAUUACACAGUGGGCCUGGAGAUGCUGGAGAUUUUCCAGGAAGCUUCAGAAGAAACCAAAUAUGCUAAUACAUCUCUUAGCCCCUCAGCCCAUCUCUCUAUGGUGAACGACUCUGUCAGGAGGAAUGAAAUGGUGGUGUUUCGAGCCAGCAAGCUGUCACAGCCAGAACGGCUUCUAGUGGCCGAACUGGGAGAGCUACUGGGAGGGAGGAUGGCUGACACUGUUUCUGUCUCAGUGAGCCAUGUCGUGGUGCCAGAAGGACACAUGCCCACCACCAACUCCACCCUCCUGGGUCUUCUUGCUGGCUGCUGGGUUGUCAAAUUCAGCUGGGUGGAGGCGUGUCUGCAGGCAGGCGAGUGGAUGCCCGAAACUGAGCACGAAGCGGGAGAAGGCCCGCAGCGCAGUCGCGUCAACAGAUGGAGCUUGCUCCCGCCGCUCUUCGAUGGCUGUUUCUUCUUCCUCCUUGGCUCCUUUAAGGCGCCUUCCAAAGACGAGCUCACCAAGCUGCUCAGGGAAGGAGGAGGUCAACUGCUGAGCCGGCAGCCAAAGCCAGACAGCGAUGUGACACAAACCCUGAGUGCUGCGGCCUACCACGCACUGCCUGGCUCCGACCAGGCCCUCUGCACCCAGUACAUCAUCUUUGACCCCCGGGGCCCCCACAAGCCGACCGUAGUGAGGCGAGGUAAGGUGUGGUCAGCUCCCUCCACCUGGCUCAUCGACUGCAUCACAGCCUUCCGCCUCCUCCCCGUGUCGGACCCUCAAACGUCUGUUUAAACCAUUUCUUUCCAUGUGAUUCAAUAAUAACUUUGCGCUGAGAUAUCAUUUGUCCUUGUGCACGGUCAUCAUGUUUUUCUUUUUUAUUAUGCAAUGAUUAAGUUGACACAGAAAUCACAUAAAUAAUAAAACAAUAAUGUGGCUUAAAAUGCUAAUCUGCA